GCCCACAGCUUCAGAUCCUGCAACGCCGACAAUGACGCGAGUGGGAGAUGGUCGAAAAAAAUUAACUGUCCUCCACAAAGCAGACGACGUCUGGGUUGGGAAAUGAUUGCACUGGACUCAGAGGGAAUUAUUUCGCUUCACUGAUCGAGCUUUACUUGAUUGUAAAUGGACAGAUUGGCAGGAGAGCAUUUCGCAACCUAUUUUACAUGCAGCCUACAGGGCGCAUGAAGUCUGGAAUAUAUUUCCCACCCUGUUUAGUUCGUCCAGCCGCGCAAUGUGUGCAUUUGUGGUUUUUAUCCGAAGAGAUUGUGGGAUUAUUUUAACUGUCUGAGGAUUGCCCGUUUUAGUUUAGAUUGCCCGAAUUGCAGUUUGUUUCUGCAAGAUGUUUUGAGCGCCAAGGGGGCUGAGAGAGAGCCGCUGGCUGCAGGAGGGGGGGGUUCUUACUGCGCACACAAGCGGCGGAGCGUGCAAGCGCCACGGCUCGCCUCCUCUCCUCCACAACAACAGCAACAACACAGAGAGGCGAGAGGAAGGAGUGAGGGGAAGUGGAGAAGUAUUGGAGUGGAAAUCUGGAAAUAUACGGCGCUAAAAUGACGAUGUCCGUCCCGGAGAGGAAGUCAGGAUCGGAGGGAAAGGAGGAGGAGAGCGAGGAUGAGAGCGAGAUCCUGGAGGAGAGCCCGUGCGGCCGCUGGCAGAAACGGAAAGAACAGGUCAGCCAGGGUAAUGUUCCAGGUGUGGAAAGUGCCUCUUUGGCCAUGGACACAGAGGAAGGAGUGGAGGUGGUGUGGAAUGAAGUACUCUUCUCAGACAAGAAAGUCUUCAAAGCACAGGAGGAGAAGAUUAAGGAGAUGUUUGAGAACUUGAUGCAGGUCGAACACCCCAACAUUGUCAAGUUCCACAAGUACUGGCUGGAUAUGAAGGAGAGCCAGGCUCGGGUUAUCUUCAUCACUGAAUACAUGUCAUCAGGCAGCCUGAAGCAGUUCCUGAAGAAAACCAAGAAAAACCACAAGACUAUGAAUGUGAAGGCUUGGAAAAGAUGGUGCACCCAGAUUCUCUCUGCACUCAGUUAUCUGCACUCUUGUGAUCCACCUAUAAUCCAUGGAAACCUGACUUGUGACACCAUCUUCAUCCAGCACAACGGCCUCAUCAAGAUUGGCUCAGUGUGGCAUCGGCUAUUUGUUAAUGUGUUCCCAGAUGCAAGCGUUCAUGGUAAAGGGAGGCAACACCGUGAUGAGCAGAGAAAUCUUCAUUUUUUUGCUCCAGAAUACGGAGCUGGCGAAGAUGAUUAUGCCAUAGAUUUCUCUUUUGGAAUCUGUGCUCUGGAGAUGGCAGUGCUGGAGAUCCAGGCCAACGGAGAUAGUGCUGUGUCCAAGGAGGCCAUAGUCAAUGCAGGUCAAUCUCUGGAAGACCCUCUCAUGAGAGAGUUCACCCAGUCGUGUUUGCAUCUUGACGCCAAGCUCCGUCCCACAGCUCAUGACCUCUUGUUCCACCGAGUCUUGUUUGAGGUCCACUCGCUCAAACUGCUCGCCGCCCAUUGCCUCAUCAACAACCAGUACUUGCUUCCAGAGAACUGUGUGGAGGAGAAAACCAAGUCAUUUGACCCCAACGCUGUCAUGGCAGAGAUUAAACACGAAGACAGACAGGGAGUUCAGCUCAAGUAUUCCCAUGUGUCCCCUUUGGAGCUUGACAAGUUUCUAGAGGAUGUCAAGAAUGGAAUCUACCCGUUGAUGAAUUUUGCCUCAUCACGGCCUCAUCCCGUCCCUCGAGCACUCUCCUUGUCUCAGGAGCAGGUUGAAACGGUCAAGACGCCGACUCCUGAACCCCAGGAGACAGAGACGAGGAAGGUUGUUCAGAUGCACUGUAAUUUGGAGUCAAAUGAAGAAGGGACCAAAACUCAUCUCUCUUUGUUUCUGAAGAUGGAUGAUAAACUUCACAGGCAGCUCAGCUGCGACAUCCUUCCAACUGACACCUCCAAAGACCUUGCCAGUGAACUUGUUCACUACGCCUUCAUAAAUGAGGAGGACAGUGAGAAGGUGGCGGGGUUCCUGGAGAACGCCAUCAAACAACACCGGGUCCGAGUGCUUACUUCUGGGAGCACGCAGUGAGGAGGGGGGUCACGACAGCGGCCGGCCCAGAUGGAGGGGCCCAGGGCACGCAGAUGGAGAGAGAGAGAGAGAGAGAGAGCGAGGGAGAGGGGGGCAGCACAUAGGACGGGACAGCCAUGGACCUGAGGGAGCAGAGGGAGCUGACCCAGAUGGGGUAAAAUAAAGGGACAAACACAGAUGGACGCUGCACUUUGACCGACAGUAAAUCAUCCCAGUGAGAAGGAAGAAAAAUGCCAGCAGUGAGAGUGAAACUGAAAGAACCUCUAGUUGGAGGACCAGAGGAAUCACGGCUGCGUCCAGCAACCCCACAGAGCAGAGGAAGAUUGACCAACUCCCUGCCUUAAAAGGGCUAUCAUGCCUUAAGAUAUCUUCACAACUUAGCUUUUCCAUAAUGCCACUAUCCAGAGCAGAUAUGUUAUACUCACAGAUGCAGCAACUACAUUUUCAAGUGGACAUUUUGUUCCUCAAAGCCUUGUUUACACUCUUUUAUUGGUGAUUAAACCUCUCUCCCUCGCAAGCCAGACCCUUCACUUUAUAACAGUUUUAGGAAUUUGAUAUUCCGUCCUACGUGAACUGUUAGUACUCAUUCAGCUGACUUAUUUUUUUAUUUUUAUCUUUUGUUUAACUGUGAACAGUACAUGCAUUGCACAAAUCUUUUAUUUUUCUUUGUUUUAGACCUUCAAAGUAACACACCUCACUGCAUUAUAGGUUUCAAAGCUAUCUCCACACAGCUACACGUGCCACGCUUGAACGACGUGACGGGAAAUGAGAUGACGCCUCUUGUUCAGCCUGCAGUGCUCUUACAGGUUUUCCCCUGUGAAAGCCAAAGACUUGCAAAGUGCCUGUUAUGGCAGUGAAAUGGCAUCACCCCCAACUUAGCAAUUAAGGAAUUGAACACGUCCAGGUUGACUUUCUUCUUAAAACAAGAUAAACUUUCCAAUUCUUUAUUAUUAGUCCACAAAUUCAGUCUAUGUGGAGGUGAAGAGGAACUUGACACCCUGCCAAUGGAAGCUUGAUUAGGAGCUGCAGCCUCUUUUUAUUGGACUCAUGGAAAAGAUGAUUAUGCUUUCUGCUGCAGUCAAUAUCAGGAGCCUGUGUACAAGAAUGGGAGUAAAUCAUGUGAUUUCAAAACGUAGUCUUAUUUUAACAUGAGAAAAGUUGUGACUAUCUGAUUUUACAAUUAAUGUUUUAAAAAAAUGCCAUUUUGUUCAUUAAUAUUACUGCUCUACUUAUUAUUGUAUUUCCCAAACCAUCUGAGAAUAUUUCCUAAUGCGAUUUUGUUUUGUAAAUAUCUCUGAAGGUAAAAUCCACCCAAAUCAUUAGAAAUACCCUAAAAAAAAUCUAUAAAUUUGUUUGUUUGUUUUUUUUUUGCUGUAAGGUUUCCAUGGCCUCCGGAUGCUGAAACGUGAUGAGAAACUGAAUUAUUAUUUUUUCCACAGAACCAUAUCUACUCUAGUUUUAUUUCACACAGUACUGGUGUGAAAUGUGAAAGUGAUGGCACUGCAGCCCACACAAAGACAAAAAUAGAAAAGGCAGUGUAUCUCUGCCAGAUUUUUGGUCAAAAUCACAUCUCUGAAAGGUUAAAAAAAACCAAAAAAACUGCCAUUUGGGUGGAUAUUUCCUGAACAAAACUAGACCAUCAAAAACAUUAGCGAUUAUCAGCAAUAUACUCUUGUUUGUCACGUUUUCCAUAGCUCUGCAUCAUUUGUUUUCUGGGUCUGUGAGGUUGCAGUUUCAUAACAGUUACGCUGCUGUACAGUCAUUGCUCACAGUACUUACUAUACUCUGUGUCGAGCCUACUUCUCAGUAUGUCUCUGAAGACAGGAGCCCUGGAUCCUCCCAGACAGUCGCCUGCUACAGGAUGUGGUGUACAUAUUUGUUUGAGGCUAUCAAAAGAGGUUCAUGCUGGACAAAAAUUUUUCGUGAAGCAGUGCCACUAUUGCUCUCAUUUGAUCUAGUAAGCUGCAUGUCUUAAAACGCCUGCAACCGUUCAGAACUUUGCAUUUUGCCUUUGUCAGUCACAGUUCAGUUCCAGAGAGAACCUGACCGCGAAAAUGAAUGUUCAGACUGUGCAAACAUGAAAUGAAUAAAAAACAACCCUUCCAUAUCAUUUUACAGAUUACAUUUUUUUUUCUCCUGUGACUGUUGAAUAAAACUUGCCUUCAGAUGUGUUCUACUUAAACCUUUGGUAAAUAUUGUAGCUACUGCAAUUAAAUACAUGACAAUAAACAAGAUGUGGUAUGUUG